CAUGGCUAUGACGUACCUUGACUCCGCUGUAGCUUAGCUCGCUUCGUGAUGAAUCUUCAUUUUGCGAACUUUGCACACAGUAAAGCUCAAGUCCAGCUCGGUAUUUCAGGGAAUAAGCGCUUUCCUCCCCUGCGGACGUUCCAGUACCGUCUACGCUGUGACGUCACAACGUCCCGGGUAGUUUCAAAAUGGAGGAGGGCAUGGAUUUAAAAAAGCCAGAGAAGAGGACGGAAGAGAAUGUGCAUUUGACAAGUUGAUCCACCCAACAGAUCAAAGGCCUUGAGCGUCUCUCAGCGCGUCGAUGAGUGAAGCACAAGCUGGAGUCCUGAGCAUCAGCGGUCCACAGCAACAGUGGAGGAUCGUUUCCACUAUGAACCGCGCUUUCAACAGGAAGAAAGACAAGUCGUGGAUGCACACCCCAGAGGCUCUGGCCAAGCACUACAUUCCCUACAAUGCCAAGUUCCUGGGAAACACGGAGGUGGAAGCCCCGAAAGGCACCGAAGUCGUGAAGGAUGCAGUGAGGAAGCUGAAGUUUCAGAGGCACAUCAAGAAGUCGGAGGGCCAGAAGAUUCCCAAAGUGGAGCUUCAGAUCUCCAUCUACGGAGUCAAGAUCCUGGACCCCAAAACCAAGGAUGUGCAGCAUAACUGUCAGCUGCACCGGAUAUCCUUCUGCGCCGACGACAAGACGGACAAACGGAUAUUCACCUUCAUCUGCAAAGACUCGGAGUCCAACAAACACCUCUGCUACGUGUUCGACAGUGAAAAAUGUGUACGUGCUUUUAGUUUUUUGUUUCCAAACCCUGGAGGCUGUGCGACGUUUCAGGUGAAUCGUGUCUUUCAGGCGGAGGAGAUCACCCUCACCAUCGGCCAGGCCUUCGACUUGGCCUACAAGAAGUUUCUGGAGUCUGGAGGGAAAGACGUGGAGACCAGGAAGCAGAUCGGCGGGCUGCAGAAGAGAAUUCAGGAACUGGAAACGGAAAACACUGAGCUGAAGAAACAACUGCAGGAGCUGGAGGAGCAGCUGAUGAUCGCUCAUGUGCCACCACCGCCGGAUGCGGCGGGCGAAUCCUUCCUGCUGCACAGGCCGUCCUCUCUCUUCUGGUUUCACAGCGUGUCGUCGCUGUCCUGUCUGGAGAUUUCCUCCGUCACGCUAACGCCCAUGAGCUCUCCGGACUCCAGCGUCUCCGCGGGGAUACUAACCCCUCCGCCUGCUAAACACGCUCCUCCUCUUCCUCCUCCUCUUCCUCCUAAAGCCGGCGAGGCCUGCAGCAUCCCGCGGCCUCGUGCGGGUAGCGUCUCGGUGAAGCUGCAGUCCACGGACGUUUUCGACAUGGUUCCCUUCUCCACGGUGACGCCGCUGGUUCCCAGCAGGGCCAGUAAUGGCUGCCCUCCGCCACCGCCGACCUCCCUGCCACCCGACAUGAGUAAAGAUUUGUUCGGAGCGGAGCCGUUUGACCCGUUCACCUGCGGCGCGGCCGACUUCCCUCCAGAUAUCCAGUCGAAGCUCGAUGAGAUGCAGCGGCAGAGAUGGAGGGGUUCAAAAUGGGACUGACCAUGGAGGGCACCGUCUUCUCUCUGGACCCGCUGGACAGCCGCUGCUGAUGCCAACAAAACUUUUAACUUCUUUGUAUGGAAAAAGUGCCAAUAUCCACUCCAUGGUUGAGAUGUCACAGCCGCCAUCUUGGGGUUUAUAUGCAUUUGCAUUUUGAUUGGUUUUUCAAUAUUUCAGCGUAAACUUCUGUUAAUGUAAAGAGCUAUUUUUGUAUGAACUGAGAAGAUUCUGGAAGGAGACGUUUUGCGUACCUUUGCUGUAAAUAGUCUGAGAUGUCCAAUGGUACACUCUGUGGCAGAGUUUUCAUAUCUGUGUGAAUUCUGUGUUGGUGACACAUUCCUGUUUCUAUGGAGAACAAAAGCUGACAAACAUUAAGUGUUCCAUUAACGCCAACCUUCAGCUUUACUGAAUGGUUUACCUCACAUUAUUCCUUUUUAUAUAGAUUAUUACUCCAGCCAUAACUUUUUAACCCAUUGACUCUUCCACUUGUUGGUUGUUUCUUUUUCUUUUUUUACAUUUUCCACUUUUAAUUUCCUCUCUGAACUCUGUAAUCAUUGUAUUUUCCGAGUCCAUACGGAAAUAUUUCUAUUAUUUACUUUUGGUUAUUUUGCAGUUAUUAAAGAAACUCUUUCUGGGGGAAAAACA